GUUGUACGGUUUGCGAUAUCUUGCACAUUUUUAUUUGAUAAAAUAAAAAUCCCAUUUAACCUGAAUGUGAUUCUACAGAGCCACUAUUUGUUAAUUCUAGUGUAAUUAGUACAAGUUAUUAACACUCACCAUGGAUCUUCAUCGUCCUGUCGACCCGAACAAGACUUAUGAGGAACUAACCUCAGAAGAGAAGUUAAGGUAUGACCAUCAAAAACUUCACGAAGCGCACCGGGGGCAUGAACAAAUGCAUACUACGAUGGUUAUGAUCCUUAUAUUUACUCUUAUCGUCGCCCAAGUAAUCGUGGUUGAAUGGAAAAAGCGACAUUAUAGGUCAUACGCUUUCUUCACAAUGUGUGCGAUGUGGUCUAUUCCCGUAUUUAUGAGUCUGAAGAAUAGCUGGUGGCGGUUUAUCACAAUCUGGUCAACAUUCACAUUGCUCACCGCACUUGUCAUAAGGAAGUCCUCAAUCCGACCAAUGUCUGUUACUACUCCUAGGUUAGUGUACAAAUGGUUCUACCUCAUAUAUAAAGUGAGUUGCUUUCUCGGCGUGUUCGGGUACUUUGUGAUGAUGCUGACGUUCCUUGGCGUCAACAUUAUAUUUGGGCACAAGCCACAGCAAUGGAUGGACGUGGCGCUCAUGUUCCUGUUCUACGGACUCUAUUUUGGUGUUUUGGGACGAGACGUGGCCGAGUACUGUUCUGAUAAGAUGGCUGCUUCUAUUGGUUACUACACGCAAGAGGGCAUCCCAACACGACAGCUUGAGAGUAACGUGUGUGCGGUUUGCGGCAACCAGCUGCUCGUCGCUGUCAACGAGGAAGGCGUUAUAGAGAACACGUACAAGCUGACAUGCGGGCACGUAUUCCACGAAUUCUGCAUCCGCGGAUGGUGCAUCGUGGGCAAGAAACAGACCUGCCCAUACUGCAAGGAGAAGGUCGACCUAAAGAGGAUGUUCACCAAUCCCUGGGACCGUCCGCACAUCCUGUAUGGUCAACUCCUCGACUGGAUCCGUUGGCUAGUGGCCUGGCAGCCACUAAUUCUAUUCCUAGCACAGGGUAUCAACUGGCUGUUCGGACUUGAAUGAGAUGAUGACAAACAGUGGAAAAACAUUGUGUGGAUCGACAAAAGUGACGUGGAUUAUUUCUAAUAGUGAUGUUUAUUAUAUUGUAAAAGUGAAUCAAGGUGAUAGAAAUGGAGUUUAUAAAACGUCUAAGUAUUGAGUGAAUUUUAUAUUAUUCCACUGUGUUACAAGUGUUAUUAACAAUUUUUACUACUGUUGAGAAAAAUGGAUUUAGACUUCCGGCAAUUUUUAACUAUUUCCAAGUUUUUGAUUGGGACUAUGACUGAAUUAAGUAAAAAGAACAGACAUCUUCAAAGUGUACCAAUAUCACCGCGUCCAAUCCAUUGAAAUUUUGAACAAAUGACGUUACUUUGGGGCUUUUUGGUUCCACUGCUUGGUUCCAUUGUGUGGUGUGGUCCAUUUAUGUGGUAGUGCCAAUGAUCUUAGUUUUACCUUAGUAUAAUUAGACAAAUUGGGAACUCCAUACAAACGUAACAGCGCGGCUUGUAUGUGUGCGCGCUUGCCGCGCGCCGUGUACGCAUGCACACAUUCGGAUAAUAAUGAAAGGCGCGUUGGGACCCAAGCACUAUGCAAUGUGAAUGCAUCGCGAGAUUAGCGCAACCAUACAAAUACCAUUGCAAUGUUGCAUUGCCAUACUUGUCUUAUUAUCAGCAAUCGGAAUUGAGGCAGUUAAUCUACUAAAGUAUGAACGUCUUAGUAUGGACAUACUCAUUUUGUCAUUAGUGCAUAUAAAAUUUCAUUUUUUUUGCUGUUUAUUGUCUAAACAUUCUAAAAUAUAGGUUGUAUAAUGUGUAUUUUUUAAAUGGCAAAAGUAUUUAAAUACGGAAGUACCUAUAGAAACACAACUGCAAUAUGAUUUUUUU